AUGACCGCCACUGGGAGGUCACGGUAUUAUGGGAGCACUCAGGAGAACGUAGCUGGCAUGAGGUGCAUUGACAAAGAAAAUGUUGGUGAAAUUGAUCUCUUGUACGAACUUAGUGUAAUUGAUGCUGAGUCAGAAUUGAUACCGCUACAAUGCUCACCCGGUUUUGUCAAAGUCCUGUGGAAUGGUAAUCAUUUCUUACCUAGUCUGGCCGAUAAUGACCAAUGUGGACAUUUUUGUGUUAACGGUACGAAAGUAAAGGAUCAAUUAAUGCUAAUAUUACAGAAAUUAGAUAAAACGAGUAAAGUGUCUGAUGUAAUGUAUAAAAAUCUGUUAGGUUCAGCUAGUAUACAAUCACGCUCCAUGCACUGA